CUCGGAGUUGAGGACGCUCGUGCGACCUCCGCGUGAAGAUGAACGGGACGCGGAACUGGUGUACCUUGGUGGACGUGCACCCGGAGAGCCAGACCGCGGGCAGCGUGGACAUUCUCAGGCUGACUCUCCAGAGUGAACUGACAGGAGAGGAACUUGAGCACAUAGCCCAGAAGGCGGGCAGGAACACCUAUGCCAUGGUGUCUGGCCACUCCUCGGGUCAUUCUCUGGCUUCAGAACUGGUGGAGUCCCAUGAUGGCCAUGAAGAGAUCAUUAAGGUGUACUUGAAAGGGAGGUCUGGCGACAAGAUGAUCCACGAGAAGAACAUCAACCAGCUCAAGAGUGAGGUCCAGUACAUCCAGGAGGCCAGGAACUGCCUGCAGAAGCUCCGGGAGGAUAUAAGUAGCAAGCUUGACAGGAGUCCAGGGGACCCUCUGCAUCAGCAGGAGAUACAGGUGGUACUAGAAAAGCCAAAUGGCUUUAGUCAGAGUCCCAUGACUCUCUACAGUGGCCUACCUGAGGUGGACCCUAGCAUGAGUGAAGAUGUUGAGAGCUUGAAGAAGACCGUGCAGGAGUUGCUUGCCAAGCUGCGGGAGGCUGAGCAGCGACACCAGUCAGACCGUGUGGCCUUUGAGGUCACACUCAGCCGGUAUCAGCGAGAAGCAGAACAGAGUAAUGUGGCCCUUCAGAGAGAGGAGGACAGAGUGGAGCAGAAAGCGGCAGAAAUCGGGGAGCUGCAGAGGCGUUUGCUGGGGAUGGAGGCGGAGCAUCAGGCCUUACUGGUGAAAGUCAGGGAAGGAGAGAUGGCCCUAGAAGAGCUUCGGAUCAAGAAUGCUGACUGUCAAACAGAAAGAGAAAAGUCUGCUGCUCUAGAAAAGGAAGUGGCUGGGUUUCGGGAGAAGAUCCACCACUUGGAUGACAUGCUGAAGAGCCAGCAGCGGAAAGUUCGGCAGAUGAUAGAGCAGCUCCAGAAUUCAAAAGCUGUGAUCCAGUCAAAGGAUGCCACCAUUCAAGAGCUCAAGGAGAAAAUUGCCUACUUGGAGGCUGAGAACUUAGAGAUGCAUGACCGCAUGGAGCAUCUAAUAGAGAAGCAGGUCAGUCACGGAAACUUCAGCACACAGACCCGUGCCAAGACAGAGAACCUGGGCAGUGUCAGGAUAUCGAAGCCCCCCAGCCCCAAGCCUAUGCCUCUCAUCCGAGUGGUGGAGACCUGAGCUGCCAGGAGAUGGACGCUGCCAUUGCUGUUGCCUGUCCUGCAGAGAAGCCCUCCUUCCCUGUAGACGGUUGAUACUGACUCUGACUUCCUGACUACCCUGGUGGCCCCAGGUCUUGGGCUCUUGCCCCAGGCUCCUGUCCUCUGCUUGCUGGCAGAUGGGUCAGGAGCGCGCCUGUCUCCUCAGGACACUGCAGACCUUGGGAAGACAGCCUCCUGCUAGCAGGAACGGAGCAAUACCCUUAUUCUCAGUUAGUGUUUUCUCCACAUAACGGAGCUUCCCUUCUGUGUGCACUGGAAUCUAGCUGUCCAAAAGCCAGGCCCUCGUUAAGUCCAGAGAAGUGACAAAAUUUGUCUCAGCCCCAAAAGCUGGAAGCACAGAUGUACAGAGUGAUUGGAGCGUGUCCUGGGGGAAUGAAGUUCCGUCUGCAAACACAGCUCAGUUCUUAGCAACAGACUGUUUGUUUUCCACUUGGCUCCACCCUUGUGCCAUGCUGACCAGGGCCUUUUCCAGACAGCCAAUGGGGGCUAGUUGGCCUUGCCUUUUAGGGACACAGGAAUGUCUGUUCAGGUGGCAGUUUUGGGUAAGAAGAUUCUCUGGGCUAUGAAUAGUCAUGGAAGCUCCCCAUCUGUGGGUUUUCCCCUGCAGUGUCCUGAGAGGCACACCUCAGCCUCCCUAACCCAGAACUGAGAACUGUCUCCUCUGUCAGUCUCAGCAAAACUGCUACUGUAUUUAUUUUGCUAAGUUAUUGCUGGUUUUGCUUAUAUCUCAUAAUUGAUUUAGUACCAGCGUUCUGCAGCCUUCUGCCGAGGUAUUUGGGUUUACCUGGACAUGGGGAAAGUGUUCUG